UUGUUAGACUUUUACAAGCGCGAGGUGUCGCCGAUAUUGCCGAAGAGUUGUCGUUUCGUGCCGACGUGCUCGGAGUACGCGCGUCAGGCGUAUAGGAAAUAUGGUACGAGUAAGGGAUUCGUGCUGACGGCGUGGCGAAUCAUGCGAUGUAAUCCGUUUGGCGAUAAAGGGUACGAUCCGCCGAUGUGG